AUGUGGCUCUUGGCGCCGCUUCUGGCCUGGAAAAAAGCCAGCCCCAGAGACGACAAGGGGCCGCCAUUCUCAGACGUCCCUGCCUCCACUGCCUUAUCGGCCCGGCCAGUCGGACUCUGGCUGGAAGAGGAGGCACCGGAGAAUCGGACACAGUUGGUAGCACUCUCGGCUCGCACACACGAGGCGGGGUUACUACAGACCCGACCGGAGCGACUAGGGAGGACGAAUGAAGCUGCGCUCUAUGCACACACACACACACACUUUCUCUCACACAAUUGCCAGUCCAACAACCAAAGAGGACACGCAAGUGCACCGACGUCUCCGCCACCCUCAACUGCACAUAUUGGAGGCGUGAACAGCACCAUUUGUUGGUACUCCCCCACACAUGCAAUGUUUACAUGUGCCGGUUGGCACUCCGUUUCGCCUUGCUUCGUUAGAAUCGGUCCGGACAGGCAGUGGCAGAUGCGUCUCACGUAUGACAGAGUGGCACUGCACUCGAUUCGCCAAGGCCCCACAAAGCGUUGCCAGGUCGACUGUCUCCGUAACGGAUUGGGGAACCUGACUUAA